AAACUUUGAAUCCGCCAUCUUUUCUCGACACUUUUCCUCGCCGCGUGUGGGUCGUUGUGCGACGGGUUAAAAACUUAUUUUCAUACAUCACUAUCUGGUUCUCAUUAUUGAUUGACACUUUACGAAACAGUCAUGUGGGAAGAUAAUUUAGGUAAAGUUAAGGCAAGACGGAGCAAAAAUUCUAAGCCAUACGAAAGACCAAAGUCAAUUUUGAGACGAGUGACAGAUUCAGUUACUGGAUUAUUACCUCAACCUUCAUGGUUGGUCAAUUGGUUGCAAUCAACAUCACCUAAGAAAGAAGAUGGUGAAAAUGAAGAAGCUGAGGUGGAACAACCUGUACCGUCAACCAGCUCAGCAAGCAAUGGAAGUAGUUCCUACCAAGAAGGAGUGGAAAGAGAAUCCUUCAUAUUUCGCCGACCCCCAGGAACAUCUAGAGAACAAAACAGAGGACGAGCCGUUCCAGAUGUUCCUGCCUUGAAUUUGUUUCCAGAGCCAGUAGUUGUUGAAUCAACCUCUAGGGAACAAUUGGUUCAGACAAAUGGUGAUGAUGACUCUAACUCGGAGUCAACUAGUGGGUGUUCCUCCUUAUUACCCCAUCCUGAACACAAAAGGGAAAACAGAAAUGUUGAACUUCCAAGUUCAAAUGUUGGUGAACCUCUCAGUAUAAAUCAGUCUUCGUUACAAAUCAUUGGAAGCUCGUUGAGCAAGUCCUUAGCUGUUGACCUCAAAAGCAGUCGUGGGCGUAAAACCCUUAGCCUUCACACAUUUGGUCAAGAAUCAAAUUUGCCUGCCAAUGCUGCAGAAGAAUCAAGAUUCCCAAAGGUUAUAGAUGAAACUGCUGGCUCAUUUUUUGACAAAGAAGAUACGUCACUUAAUCGCUCUGCAAACAAACGAGAUAUUUCUCUUCCUCAGUUAUCGUCUUUUGGUAGCAAAAGGCCACGUUUCAAUGUAACUUCCUUCGGUCCAACUGCUGCCGAAGCGAGACGAUCGUUGUUGAACGACAGUGUUGCAGAUUCGCCUUUUUAUGCUGGUAGAACGACUUAUGGUGGAGCUUCAGCUUAUCGCCGUGCGGCUCUACAACCGUCUACCACAUUAUUCCCAUACGUCCGGAAUCGAAUUCAGGCUAGACCUGCGUCCGUUUCUACAGGUCCACCUACUCCAAGUGGUUCUGUUUCGGCAUCAUCAUCUAAUGUGGUACUCAGUAGCUCAGCACAACGAAUUCUUCAAGCGCUCGAAGCGAUGUCAACACCAGUAAGAGAUGCGAAAAGAAUUCCUGCAACAUCCACUAGUAGAAGGUCGAUGUCUUCGCACGAUGAUGAACUUUCUUUUACCGGGUUCGGUUUAAGCCGACGGCGCCCAAAUUUGGGACCUCCAACGUCGAAACUAUCUGUUGGUACUCCGGCACAGAUUGUGUCCCGACAAGCGCCCACAAGUAUCCAUCCGCUAGAAUCAGCGGCAGUAUCGAGCACUCCCAUCAGCACACAGGCUGGUGGGAAGAUGCGAAUGCGAACGUCUGCUCCUGUUCGUAAAUCAGCGCCCCGUAUUCAGGAGGACGAAGACAAAGAAUUAGAAGAACUCGCAGCUGUUCCGAUGCCUCUCGGUUUAAACAGUUUACCUAGCUUCAAUUUGCUACCAUCACUUUCCGUGGCACCAACAUCAACUGUUGCUUCCUCUUCAGUGAAAACAUUAGCAUCUGCAGGAACCAGUUCUAACGGAUUAGUUCAUUCCGCUGCGAUAAGCGUAUCGGUUUCUCGUCCAACUUUCACAUUUUCGGCGCCCUUGGUUACGGUCAGCUCAUAUGAAGUAGAAACAACGGCAAGUUCAAAACCGCCUAGUUUCAAUUUUAGUUCUCCUCUACUUGUUAAGCCUGCGACUGAAAAAGCAACCGAGAAGGAAGCUGUUCGACCGACCGAAUUAAACUUGAAAUCAGGUAGCGUCCUUGAAGUCCUCAGAGGGAAAACGCAAGAAGUUGCAUCCGCAACAGAAACAACCACCCCGCCAACUUCAGGAUUUGGAGAGAAAUUUAAACCCCCUUCUGAUUCCUGGACAUGUUCUGUCUGUUGCGUUACCAACCCUAAAAGCAAAUCUGCAUGUCUAGCGUGCGAAUCUCCUGCCGUGGCAUCGAAACCAGCAAACAUCGUACCUAUUGCUGCCAAGCCUACGACAACUGGGUUUGGCGAUCAGUUCAAAAUGGCCUCCACUCAAUGGGAAUGUUCCGUUUGCAUGGUCAGGAAUUCGGAUGCAGAUAAUCGAUGCAAAUCUUGCGAGGAACCGCGCCCGGGAACUAAACCUGCUGUCGCCCCAUCUGCGGUUUCUACGUUUAAAUUUGGCAUCCAACCGACACAGACAGGUACCAAGUUCGGAACAGAAUCGUCAACUUCGUCUCAGACAACAGGGUUUUCGUUUGGAGUAUCGAACAAAAAAGAAGAUUCUUCUGCUGGAUUCAAAUUUGGCGUCUCAUCCGAGGCCUCAAAAGAAGUAAAGGAAACUUCCGGAUUUAAGUUUGGAAAUACGAUUGAACACAAGAAAGUAGAAUCGGUUCCUAGCGUUGCAUCCACCGAACCGGCCAGUACUGAAAAGGGUGGAUUCAAAUUUGGCGCAUCAAUCGAGCCAAGCAAAGCAACAGAACCAGUUGGUGGAUUCAAAUUUGGAAAUGACAAGAAAACAGAAGAAACUAACGUUACCACGCCUGUCGUGUCAUCUGAGUCUACUAUAAAGCCUACCCAGCUAUUUGGUUUGAAACCGGCAGAAUCAACAACAAAUAAAGCAGAAGAAACGAAUAUGGUAGGUCAAGGCGUGACCUCUCAUUCUUCGACAAAAUCUGAAACAGGAGCACCGAUCUUUAAGGUCCCGGCUCUCAUGCCUCAGGUGUCGACAGGGAUCAGUGCCGCAGCAACUACUACAACCCCAGCUUCCAAAGCGAGCCCAAUUUUUAGCUUUGGUACAGCACCUGUUGUUCCCAUUUCCAAAACUUCCAUACUUGAAACUGGCAGUGUGAUGGACAUCCUAGGGAAGAAACCAACGGCUCCCGUGGUGGCUGGUCAGACACCCGUCACUUCGGCCCCCACAUUUUCGUUCGGAGCAAGCGAUCAGACAAAGACUCCAUUUUCAUUUGGCAGUGCAGAAAAGUCUACUUUGAAGCUGGGAACCGCUGCAAAAGAAGCGGAAACUUCCAAAAGCUCUUUAUUGGCACCGACGACGUCAUCGACCUCUUUUAAUUUUACUGGAGCUCCUACGUCAACUUCUGCCGAGGCGCCGUUCAAACCUACUGCAACCCCCGCUUUUAAUUUUGGUGGUCCAACUACCUUUGGUGGUGUGGCUGCAACCACAGCAUCGACUUUCGGUGCCCCGUCAACGACUGCCACGUCUUCGGCGUUCGGUAUGAAAGCUGCAGGAACGGCCGCAACAACUUUUGGUUUACCAUCAGCAACAACUGCACCCGUGGCUUUCGGUGUAUCAACAACAACAAGCGCCUCGACUACGUUCGGUUUACCAGCGAUAUCGACGGCUCCUUCCACGUUUGGUAUCCCAACAACUUCGGCCCCUCCUACAACUUUUGGCGUACCGUCUACUUCGGCCGCCACGACAACUUUCGGCUUGCCGACCACCUCUGCCGCGUCAACAACUUUUGGAUUACCACCCACUUCGGCCGCUUCAACAGCUUUCGCUUUACCUCCCACUUCGGCCGCCCCUACACCUUUUGGCAUAUCCUCUACUUCGGCCACCCCGAUAGCUUUCGGUUUACCAACCACUUCGGCUGUUACUACCACUGCAGUUGGGUCAAUUGUGCCAGCAAGUUCCAGUUCCAUUUUCACGUUCGGUUCAACUGCUGGAGCUACUACAACAUCAUCGUCAUCAAGUGGAUUUUCGUUUGGUCUGGCACCGUCAUCUACCCAAGCACCAUUCAGUUUCGGAGCCGCGGCACCACCGCCGUACCAAUUUCCUAAAGAAACGCCUAAACUUUCCAGCAGCAGUGUUGGUGCGUUUGGAUUUGGUGGGCCUGUAACAGCAGCGACGACGUCGGCAACACCAGCAGGAAGCGUUUUUUCUUUUGGAUCUGGAAAUGUUGCACCGGCAGCCACAGCAACCCCAUCGGAGGCACCCAAAUUGCAGUUUAGCUUUGGAACGCCUCAGGAACCGGCGACUUCAACGGCUCCGACUUUUGGAUCUUUCGGUGCCAGCGCUGCUACUAAGACCACAGCUGCGCCAUUUAUGGGUUUUAAUUCGUCAACCUCUUCAACCCCGGCAUUCGGUGAAAUGGCUACAAAAUCCACUGUUACUCCUUUUGGAGCCACGCCAUUUGGUACUUUACCGCCAACAGGUUUUGGAGCCGCUGCCCCUUCUUCUUCUUCCACAUUUUCAUUUGGUGCGCAACCGUCCGGUGCCGCCGCUGCUCCUCCUACAUUCAAUGCCGCAUCUAGUUUCAAUUUUGGGGCUCCCACCGUCCCCACUCCUUCUGUAGUUCCACAACAACCGACUGGUCUUUUCCAGUUUGGAAGUGCUCCUACGCCGGCCGUAAAUUCGGGUUUCAAUUUUGCCUCGUCUCCGGGAUUCACAACACCUGAUGCACCGUCUCCCGGGUUUGCUUCCGGUUUUCUUGGAGCCAACCCUUUUGACAACACGGGCAGUGCAGGUGGGCCCAAUCGCAAAAUUCGCAAAGCAGUUCGACGACGAUAGACAACCCUUUGGGUAACCCGACGAUUAAGCGCUACUUGAUUCUACAAAAAUGUUUCUUUUCUUUUUUUUUUUUCGAUGUAUGUAUGUGUGUGAGAGAGAGAGUAUACGUGUAGGUGUGGAUGAAAUUCCCAUAUGUAAUUACUUCUUUUCCUCUUCUGUUUUCUUUCACCUCCAUUUUUCGAACUUUUUACAAGUGGCACUGAACUUGCCUUUCACAUUCUAAUUCGGGGCCAAUAGGGAGCUUCCAUGCUCCUUUUUUUUUAUAUUAAGAGGGACACAUUGUUGACCCGUUGUGAUUUUUCUGUACAGUAAAUGCGAAAUUAGAUCAAUCUGGUUUCUUAUUCUUGGCUUACCGAAAGAAUGUGCAUGGUAUUUUCUAUUCGGCCGAUCUUUGUUUACACUUCAAAUCUCUUGAUCAGGGGUUGAAUUUAAAAAAAAAACGCUAAAUCCAACCUCUUCAUUCUCUGGCUCUUUUCUUACCUAAACAAAUUCACAUCUAGAAGUUGUCAUACAGACCGAUUAAGACUGAUUAAUUUCUUUCUGAAAUGUUGGAGAUUAAUUAAUAGUGUCGGAAGUUUUUACUUUAUGUGGAGUUGGAAAAGUUUUGUAAGCCGGAAUGACUCUAUUAAAAUAAAAUGUAUCUCCUCUUCUUGCUCAGUGGCUUCUUCUUUGGAACCCAUGGCGAUGUGAACUGAUGUUAUUAUGGAAACUAAAAAAAGCGUUCCGACUAGUGCUCAUUCAAAUAAACGACGUUCAUUUGUGA